GACAACACGAUCUUCUGGACAAAUGUAAUUGCCAGUGCUGUACAGGAGAUCAGAACGGUGAUAUGAUCUGUAAAUUUGGGUUUUAUAGUUCAGAUAUUGGAGUUAAUAUCAACCCUCUACAUGAUCUCACACCUACAGAGGAAAAUCAAGGUUUUACCUACACAUAUCCUGGGGACCAUAGACAAACAUACUCACCUUCACCGCUACAGGAGAACAAUUUGACCCAUGCUGCCGGGUUGACUCAAAAUGACGGGUUGACUCAAACUGACGGGUUGACCCAUGCUGCCGGGUUGACUCAAGCUGCCAGAUUGGCCCCUUCUGCAGCUGGAGGGUUGACCCCUGCUGCUGGGCUGACCCUGACUCUGACCCCGCCAGCUGGAAGUAGAUCUAGUCUGAAUACACCAACAAACUUAACUCCUUGCAUAAACUUUGAUAUAUCUCCCUCUCAGUUUGAUGUUUGGUCUCAGAGAUCCAGCUUUCUUGGUUCUAAUCUUUCAUUCAACAGUUCGUACAGUACACAGUUAACUCCUGAGCCUCAACAUUUUGAAUUAGAGGCAACAUCAAGACGACAGCGCUUUAGAUCUAAUAGAAUGAAUCAGCUUACGGUUGCAAGUACACACUCGGACUCCUACAUGGACCCUAACUAUGCAAACAAACGCCGAUGGGAAUACAGAAACGGUUACACAAAUAGUCUUGUGACAGAAAAUGAUUAUAGAG